CUACCAAGUUUAUUAUGGCGGGUUUCUUCGAAUUUUCCUUCUUAUAUAUAUGUUUUCGCUUUGUUUUUGUGAGAGUAUCAUGUCGUGAUUUGUUAAUUGUCCCGGCAGAGUUACCUUAGCCCAAGAUGAACUUUUCAGAACUCUUCAAACAGACCAACCAACUGAGCAAGUUUUCUCCAAAUGGAAAGUACAUGGUAAUAUUAUGAUCGUUGGUGAUUGCUGUGUGCACGUAGCUCGCACGAAGUCAUGUACGUUUCGAUACAAGUUAAUGUUCAGUCAACGUGUAAAUAGUUUUGCGUACUUGGCUUAAAGAACGAAAAAUAAUCACUCCAUAUGUUUUUGUCGUUCAGGCGCAGAUUAUACGUAAAAUGGUCGAAAUUUUUGAGUAACUUCGGUGCUUGAGGUCGUAUCAAAAAAGUGCUUGAGGUCGCGUCAAAACGACUUGUAGCGACAUGACUUUGUAUCGAAACGUCUGUUUUCCGGUUACACAGUACAAAUGAAUCUUUUUGUCCAAGUAUGACUUCUCGUCAUAUGGUGUUAUUUUACCUUCAAGGGUAACUGCGUUCAGUAUCGAUUGCUUGUUCGAGAUGUAAAAACCCUUCAGAUUCUACAACUCUACACCUGUUUGGACGUUGUACAGUGCAUAGAGGUAGGCAUUAAUGGACUGUAUGUCCAAAUUAGCUAUUUGGGGUUAAAUGUUAGGUAAUAAAAUACCUUUUUGUACUCCCAAACAACACGAGACGCAGAUCAAUAUUUUGUGCGAGAAAUGUGCUAUGAAUGAUCUUCAAGACCCUAUUUUACAGUUUCAGGUGGAAACUAGGCUGGAGUUGACCUUGUUUCGAAACAUCCAUUCCUGCUUUAUUGUGUAAAUCAUGUUGUUCUUAUCCUAACUAGUAUUUUUUAAGCAUAACUUCCUUUAGAAAUUAAGGAAAGAGGUUUGUAUCAAAACAAGCUCAACCUUGGGCACACAUUCACUCAAAGGCAAGGGCACAAAGCCGACAACCAAAAAAUGGCCUACUUGAAGCUCAAGCACUUGUACAAAAGAGGAGAUACAUUUAUACCUGGGAUAUAUAUAUCGUGGCUCAAUUUAAUCCUUGGUUCAAAGCUUCUUUCUCUCUUUUUCUUUUCUAUGUUUGUCUCUUUUUCUUUUUUCAAACUCAUCACUGUGACAUUAUCAUACAUUGCCAUAUCCUAAAAUAUAACAAAAUAAACUUUAAUCCAAAGAUGAUUUUGGACCACAAGAUAUAUGUACAUUGAGGAUGAAUGAAGUAGAGAGACUGAUGAUGAGCGUUUCUGAAGUGAUGGUGUAGAAUUUCAAUACUUCUGAAGAUUAUUGCACACGUUGAACACAUACCUUUCCAAGGGAUUUUAUUUAUGGAAGUGCAUUUCCUCACCAUUUUGUUGAAGAAUUCCUUUUUUAACAAAAUGUAAAUUAGCACUUGAAGUGAGUGCUUAGGGUCUUAGUGGGUAUUACAGCGUGUAAAUACAAUGGCCCAAUUUCUUUACCGCAUCUUAGCCUGCAAAUUAUUUUAUUUCCGCUUGCCGCAACUCUCCUUGAAGAGAGGCUAUUGCUAGAAAAAAAAAAUUAUGUCUGCAUUUUCUUGCUACGUGUAGCUCCUGAUUUUUAUUCACAGCAAAGCAGAGAACAAUAUUUAGAUAAAUUUAUUGACUCAUAAGUGCACAUACAUGUAAGUGUACAUACACAAGAAAUCAAAGAGCAGAAGAGCAGUCUGCAGGCCCUAGAAGUUGAGUUCUGUAUUAACAAUGCCAAUAUCUACCCAAUUAAACUCAUCAAAAAGAUGAGCUUGGAAGGAGGUGCCUUAAAGGUGAAAAUAUAGCUUAUAGCAAAGAAGGGGAGCAUUGCCUUGGAGGUAAGCAUGGGAACCAAGCGAGCGCCAACCACCCAGCACCGUCAUACUGAAAGAGUUCAGUGGAAUACUUACCACAACCCAUACUUACCUAUCCGGGGAUGGCAGGAGUGGUAGCAAAACCAACAGAUAUCACAGGCUGUAAACAGCGUGGAUCCGCAAAGAUCAGCAAAGCAAAGCAGAGCUGAGAUAUGCAAUCUCAUGUCAGCCUGAGCAAACCAAGUGGCCCAACACCCCCCAUUCCCUCCCCCUCAAUGAAGGUAUAAAACAAAGAAGUAAGUAAGCUGGGAUCAUGACAAACCAGCCAAAGCCUCUGCAGUAGUGCAAAUUUACACCUUGUAAGCAAUGCUCAUUGAGCAUCCCAGUGCUUAAAUGAGGGAAUUCGGGAAGUCCCUGCCUCGUUGCUCCAGUGGCCACACCUUUUUCUUUUUGAAGAGGCGCCACUCUAAUUUCGUAACCAACUUCCAGAGGUGGUAAUGGUUGUGUUGUCUGAUCAUGGUAACUCCUUCUGUCUUAUUAACUCAAUCUUCUUUUCAACACCUUUGAUUAUGUGAGGACAUAGCGAGGCUGAGGCAGUUGGCUUUAGUGUCUUAGUUCUUUGAGACAAGAGCCUCUGGGCAGCACCUGAUGCAAUGGUUUCAACAGGCUUGUUCCUGUAUUCUAAAAGGGCAAGCCAAGGAUCUCUUCAAUCUCAAAGUGCUUUCUUGAAUGGCUCUUGGUGACCUUAACUGUAUUUUCUGGCUUUACCAUUAGACUAAUUUGGUGGUGUGGAGAUGAUUUUACAUGCUUGAAUUCCCACUCUUCAGUGAACCUUCUGAACUCAUCACUUACAUGUAUUAGUUGAGGCCCAUUGUCGAAGACUACAUUUAGGACGUCGGGUGUUCCAUGUACUUAAAUUUUUAAAUUGUUCCUUUAAGAACUAAAUGACGGUUGGAGAAGUUUUGCCACUGAGUUAUUGAACUUAAACAAAGUCUGAGUAGUAAUCCACCAGAACAACCAUACUCUUUCUUCUGAAGUGUGAACAGGGCCAUGGCUUACCUCGGCUCCAGGGACAAUUAGGCACUUUAGAGGCUUGUUUAGGUUCUUUAGAGUUUCCUGCAUGGAAUUCUGCACACACAGAGCAUUGAAAUAUGACUUCUUUAAAAUGUUGCUGUUUGUAUGAGGCUAGAGCUCUAAAGGCUCUUGCUUUUCCAAGGCAUGAUUUAAUACCAAGAUAACUUGUGCGACUUUGUGUGGUGAUUUCUGGUCUGAUCACCCUAGGGAUAAUGAUGCGUUGACUUCCAUUGUGCAGGUAGAUUUCCUCUUUAUAAUAUUAUUCCAGUAUUCUUGAACAGGUAUGGGUACCUCACUUUUCAGUUCAGGCCAUCCUACCAACAUUAUUGCCUUUAAGCUUUGGAGUUCUUCAUCUUGUUCGGUCGCUUCUGUGGUUGCGCUAAACUUCCACUUGAACAUGUGAAGGAGUCCAACGGGUUUAAGGCUUCAACCUCUGAGGCAAACACUUGGAACUCUUCAUCUUCUUCUCAUUUGCUGGCAAGAUAAGCUCUUGAUGGGUGAUCUGCUAAUUUGUGAGCCAGGCUUGUACAUUACAUCCAAAUUAAACUGUUGUAGGGGUAAUAACAUUCUCUGUUACCUUCCCAGAGCUGUUAGCAUGGAUAUCUUGAAAAUUGAUUGAAAUGGCUUGUGAUCUGGUUCUACAGUGUUCUUGUCUCGCCGUGAAAGGUAUUAGUUGAAGUAGUGGUAGGCGAACAUGAUUAUUGUGCAUAAUUAGUUUGCUCUGUUGGUGUUAAUGUCUUUGAUGUAAGCACAACUGGCUGGCUGUUCUGGAGAACCACAGAGCCCAUUAUUCUCUCUCUUGCAUCACAUGUAGGGUGACUUCUUUAUCGUAGUACAGUGUAUUUAAGAACGGGCUGGUUCGCCCCUAGCAUCUUAAUUUCUUGGAAGGCUUUAUCACCUUUCCUUAACUGUAUCACCUUCUCCUUAUCAGGAUCUGCUUUGAGUCCAUCCUUGCUUAUGAUCAUGUGACCAUAAACUUCACUUCAGGCUUCUUCAACUCCAUUUUGCUGCUGUUUAGGUUAAGAUUAACUUUGCGUACUCUUUCUAGUAAUUUGAUUAAGUUCUUAUCAUGAUUACUGACUUCUUGCUCUCCCAUUGCAGCAAAUCCAUAACAAAGAUGUGAUAUCUAAUCACGUCUACACCUUCCAUUUACGUCUGACAGUUUUUCCUGUUGGAUACUCUCAAAUUCCUUUAGGUGCAAGGCUUAAACCAUAUUAAGGGCAUACGCAGACAAUGGUAGUGUCCAAAACUAUCUGCUGCUGCUUUCAUCAAGCGUACUGAUGGCAUCUGGUAUUUAGGAUGCUGAAUUACUUUGUUCAGUUCCUGAGAGUCUAAGCAUAAUAUUCAGAAUGUCAGUUUUUGGCAGCCACUGUCACAAUUAUUGCUGAUCUACUCUGUACGGGCUGCUUUUUCACAAUGAUACUAUUUCUUUCUAGAUCUCUGAGCUUCCCUGCCACUUCCCUCUUUAGGGCUACGGGUAUGUGUCUAGAGGUGUGACAUACUGGAACUGCUGAGGGAUCGACUACAAAUCUGCUAGUACCAAUGUGUCUAAGAUCUUUGAAGACAUCACCAUAAUCUCUCAGUAUACUCUCUGCUGAUAAGAGAGCUUGUUUGUCAUCCAAGACUAGAACUUCAGCUUGAGAUGCUACUGUGAGAGGUUUUACUUUUGACUGGUUUCUGUGGAUAGUAAAGCCUUUUAUUGUUUGUUUCACCUAUGACUUGAAACUUUGAAACAAUAAUCAGGUACACUGUAGCCAUCAAGUACACUAUAAUUUAAUAUUAAAGCUUGGUUUUGCUAGUUUCCAUGGAUUGCCAUCUUGCUUGAUAAUCAGCAAAUCUCUAUAGCUGAGUACAUUACAGGUGACUUCUGUACCCAGCUGACAUUUAAGCUUGGUUUCCAGCUUGUUUUGAUUGUAGAAACUGAGUUUUGGGAACAAUCAAUUACCACAGGACUCCAUAAUUGAAAUAUCUUCCUGUUUGAGAACUGGUUCCUCUGAAUCUGACUUUUCUUAGCUUUCUUUUAGGAUUUCUUCUUCAGGCCAUACACAUGCUCGCAAAAUUAUCUUAAUGCCACUUGUGUUGGGUACAACCGUUCCUGCACUUCUUAUUACCAGUGCACAGGAACAAAAGGAAAGCUUCUUUGAAAGAAAUCUCUUACAUGUGUGUACACUCUAGAGACAAAACGAUUGAUAUUGUGUGUUCUAAUGAAAUAACCAAGAAGCAAUUGGAGUCAAUAAAAGUGACACCGCUAGCCUGAUGAAAUGUAAAUCUCAUAGCUAUAGGGGAAAGUAAGAGUUCCAAGAAGCCACCAAAAAGCAGGAAAUAAACAAGGAAAGAAUAGUUUUGACCCCUACUGGAAGCGAAACAACAUUCAUGUAUGUCAACGAGGCCAAUGACUAAUCUGUCACAGAUUAAUUCAUCUGUUAUGGUUCCAAAUUCACAAGACAACGCAAGCUUUCGAAGGCGAGUGAUGUAGUUGUCAAUUGAUUCUCCUUUGUUUUGCUCACAAGAAUUAAAGACAUGCCAUUCAUAAAAUAAUUAUGUUGUGUUGGGGCUUGAAAUGUAGUUUUCUAAUGCAUUCAUGCAUGCUUGCUUAUUAUUCCUGUUCUUGUCCAAGGUCUUAAGAUUAAGAAUGUAUCUUUACAGCACCUACAUUUUGUGUACCAGUAUUGAAUAAUACAAAAAUUAAUGUAAUCUAUGAUAAUCAUGACUUCACUUUACUUGACUUUAGUAUUCUUUUAGCAUUACACUCUUGCAAUGUUGGAUUCGAUUUAUUUCUUGCUUCAUUUUUCUAUUUAUGUUUUAUCCCACCUUUGAACUGGCAUGCAGUGGUCUUCUGAUUCUUUAUACAUCCUUUGUGGAAUGUUUAAGAGAGGGAUUAUACAGGUAUCGACAUAUUUUAAGUGUGUUGAGAUGUUUCCAAUUACAUGUACAUGUACCCUAUUGGUACUUAAUUUUACAGACCCAUCUAAGCAUAUUUUGCUAUCGUUAAUUAGCCUGUGUAGCCUGGUGGCUUUGGUUGGACGUGUAAAACAAGCCAGAUGCCUCUCAGUAGUGCGCCCAACAAACUGUCAUGCUACGCUGGCUUUCGUAAGAUAGUUACAAAAUUUAUAAAUAUAUAAAUUAUACAAGUUAUUGAAUAAAUCCUUGUGAAAUUUAAUACCCCCCCAUAAUGAAAACUUUAUUCAACAACAUAGACAGGAUUUGUACAGUCAAGUAUAUAUUAUGAUAAGUUCAAUUUUGUAUCUUCUUUUGUGAAAUACCAGUUUAAUAAUAGUUUAUCUUAAUAGUUAUUUUUUUGUGUUUUGUUUGCUCCAGUUUAUUUAAAAAAUUUUCAAAGUUCAGAGACUUUUUGUAAAUAAAAAGAAGCUGAGAACGUUUAAAUUGCAAAGAUUAAUACCCUCUUGUUGAUCUUAAUUUUGCCUAUUGAAAUUGUGAUAAUAAAGCCACAUAAAAUACUGUGUCACAAAAACUGUGAAAUUAAGUACCUGAGAUAUAUUGAAGUACCAAUAAGUUGUGCUGAAGCCGGCUUACUAAUACUUUUUUGUUUGUGUUGUUCUUUCGAUUAGUGCUUAUAAUGAAGAAAUUGGUUUUCCUCAAUUGUCUUUCAAUGUAUGGCUCCAUUAAAGUCAGCUUGGCAAUUGAAUGUACAAUGUACCCUUUAAGUCAAUUUUACAAAGCAAUGAGCAGGAUCAUUAUUAUUAGUAAAUUUAGUAGUGCAGUUUUUUCAUUUAUUAUUGUCUUAUUAAACAAUAAUAACAACAGAAGAAAAAAAAGAAACAACAAAACAGUAAUGCUGAUUGUACAAUGUAAUUAUGCAUUAGGUUUGGUCAUUGGAGAAACCUGAUUGGACAUGUAAGAUAGACGAGGGAUUAGCUGGACUGACAGCUGUGAGAUGGAGUCCAGAUGGUCGCCACAUCUUGUCAACGGCUGAUUUUCAGGUAAGGUUACAAUACAGUUAUUAUAUAGGUCUUUCAAAGGUUACACCAGUAUUUAACGCCUGAGUCGCGCAUGGAGGUUCGGUGCCAAGGGACCUGGGGGCUGGAGCUGCCGACCCCUAGCCCUUAGUAGUAAGAACGCCCCACACCAACCCUGCUAAAGUCCCUCCGGGAUGAGCCAGCCCGGAGUGAUGGGGGCUUGUGACCAAUAAGCCACAGCCUCCGUGAGGGGGGUGGGGGGAGCAGACCUGAGGCACCCAACCCUAGUAGCAAGAAAGCACACAAACACCAUACUGUACCUGCAACGCCAAUUGACCGGAAACCUGGAUAAGAGAGCCAGCUGAUGUACGGGUAUAGCACUGAUAUGCAUCACUAAACCAUCACCCCAAGAACUUAAUCAGGUGAUCUGGAAGUCCCGGGGAUGCCACUGUUCUAGCAGCACCGAUACGGAAGCUAUGGCCAGAGUAACUACCCCAAAGGCCUGCCAAAUGUAGAAUAGACUGUACUGAGGACGACAGCAGCUGAUGUGUCAAGGGACGACCCUCUGUAUAGCAAAACAAUGGCCCUGGGGAAGGGCCACUCACCGCCAGUAAGUUGCACAAUGCCUCUACUGGGCAGACAGUGUUAUUGCCCCGUCCUAUGUACACCUGUAAGUGUCACAGCCAAGACCAAAGGGAUCCGUCUUUGAACACUUGAUGUGAGUUUUUUGAAACACGUAGGAUCCCCCAAGGAAUCGGCCUGCACAUCACUCACCCCCCAGAUGAAUGCUUUGGACAAACGGUGUAUUAGUAGUAAAUUUGCCAGCACUUAAAAAGCCAAAGAAACCAAGUCAGCUUGCCGCCCAGAGCAUGACGGGGUCCCUGGAGUACAGAUUUAGAGCGCGCUUAACAACGUGCAAGAUAUCGAUAGUGAUGGGAAGGCGCUUAGGGAUGAGGAACCUUGCACAUGCCUAACCCCCCUCAGAAGACGCUGAAGCUGCAAACAAUUUGUAAGAGGAUCUGGUAACCCAUUGUUAAUGUGAAAGGACUGCACCGCGCUAAGGUACACGUUGAUGGAUGAAUGAUUAAAGCUACUACUACUGUGGCCGAGCAAGAGCAUGCCUCCAUUCAGCACGCCUCUUCCAGGUCUCCCUAUCCAACAUAGAUGAUUAAGACUAUCCGCCAACAACAAGGCAAAAUGAAUGAGAGUCUUCUUUUGGGCUGGGAGAAGGGCACCAUUAAGACUAAGACGGUCAUCUUGACGGCAGAACUCAACGUAGCGACGUUGUGCGGAGAAGUACACCUGAUGCGUAGACGGAGCAAGGCCCUUGGUGAGGAAGAAAUGGCACUAAUCUGUCAUGCGACACGUAGGGCUGUGAGGAGAUCCGGGGGGGGGGGCAGGAAGGCGUCAGCCUUCUCUGCUUGAAGGGCUAGGUGCCGGAAACGCUGAAACUGGAAACGGGAUAGAGUAUCAGUAACUAGGUUAACUUUAGCAUGAACAAAUGAGGCCUUAAAGGGAAAGUAAUGGCGCACUGCUAACAAUGCUACGAAAUGCAUCGGAACCAUUAAAGGAAGAAUCUCUAGAGGUGCCAAAAGACAGAACAGCUACCACCAUUUCAUUGUCAUACCAGAACUCGACCCUCCUCGAGGACCAUUGACACGCAGCCACAACAACGGGAAAGAGUUCCUUGUACACAAUAAACAGGGGUUGCUGUGAUGCUAACCACAAACCUCAAAACCACUGGUCGUUGAAGAUAGCACUAUAGCACAGAGUACCUGCGGCAUCGAAUGAAACUUGGAAAUCAGGAAGAAAGCUUAUUCUGACAUCAAGAAGAAACUAAGCCUAUCCCACCUUUACAAAAGACUGCGCCACCAAGUCAAGUCCAGACGGAAUUCCUGCUUUAAACGAAUUGGAUUGAAUAAAAUUUAAACGAAUUGAAUUGGAUGGUCAUCACGUUGGUUAGUACUCUGUAAGUUACUCAUGCGAUGGGGAGACGUUCUAACCUGGAGGGGGGGGGGGGGGGGCUAUUUUGCACGCCCGGGGGGGGGGGGCCAAAAGGGGCCCCAGCAGGGAAAUGAUUCCCUCUCUUUUUUCAGGGGGAACCGGGCCCGGGGGAUGGCCUGACCCCGGAAGGGAGACGGGCCCCCCAGCUUGUUCGGGGGAGGAGGAGGGCCAAGUUGGGAACACCGCAGGGGGGGGGGGGGGGGGGGGGGGAGGCUAUCUUGCACGCACUGGUGGAGGUGGCCAAUAAGGGACUCAGCAGGGUAAUGAUUCGCUCUCUCUUUUCAGCGGGAAGCCGGGCCUGUGGCAUGACUGAGCCCAGUAAGUAGACGGGCCCUCCAGCUUGUUCGGGUGAAGAGGAAGGCCAAGUUUGGAACACAGCUGAAUACACGCCUGCAAAUUGUUGCGACACACCGAGGAGGCUGGGGGACCCAACGUGAGAGUGAUCUAAAUAAUGACGAAAGCAAUCAACACCGUGGCGAGAGGUCAGCAUCCACUGGACCAUAUCCGCAAUAGCAGUAAAAAUGUAUGGAGCCGACUAAAGACCAAACAGGAGCGCCAGGGCCACGUAGUAUUUUUCCCGUCAAUUCAUUCCCAAAAGCUGGCGAUCCAAAGGACGAAUAGCAGCAUUGCGAUAGGCGCUGGCCACGUCAAACUUCGCCAUCAGUUCCACGGCCUCUGGCCAUGAUAUCGAAGGUAGAACAUAUGUUGGAUGAGGCUGACUGCAAGGAGUCUGACAAUGCCUCGAAGCUAAUGCGAAAAGCAUUGUGGCGACCAUUUGAAACGUAUGCCGCUGCUGCCCUAUCAGGGUAAUCAACCAACUCCGCUUGGAACUGAGAAAACUGUAACGGACACACUAAAUGUACAGGUGCUAAAGGUGAAAACGAGCCGACAGGAACGGACAUGUCACGAGAAUCGACAGAACUAGAGCAAAACGAAGCCGCUGAGCAAGGCAGUCUACAAGGGUGGUCAGGACGAACAGGAACAGUACAUACACAAUUUACAGGAAACACUGUACGCGGCUGGACCCCCCUUAGUACCUCCCUCCUGAGGCAGGGGAGUGGGAGCGAGAGCGAUUGGUGCCAGGAGAAAGAAACAGGUAGCGUACCCUCGGAUGGUCUCCGUCACAUGAGCUGCAGACGUGGCAGAAGCGGGACUCCCCAAAAGGCCAAAGGCAACGACCUCUGUUCUAUGAGAUACAGUAUGGGGGCGGGCUUUGUUUCCCCAGUUAGCUGCCACUAGUAUGGAUGGGCUGAGGACGACGGCAAUGAGGUGGAGAGAGGUGGCAAGCACAAGCGAAAAUUCAUCUUGGAACAGUCAGAUGCCCCAGUUGCCGCAGCAUCCUUUCGAAAGGUAAGGUCGUACUCUAACGGUAGCCAUGCACGACUAGGUGUUUGGCGGGCAUUUUGGAUGAUCAGCAACUUGUAUUUAGUCAGGUCUGACCAGCGAUGGCGAUGGGAAGCACAGAUUACAACACAGAUUACAGAAUUUUGGUAGAUAGCAAAAGCCUUUGUCCAAGUAAGAAUGUCUUCUACUUCAAACAACUGACACUUUUUAAAGACCAAUGGCUUGCCAUCCAGAAAUGACUGUGGCUCAGCUCCUGGUCGACACCACAGAGAUUGGUCGACAACAAGUCAGCUAAUUCCACAAACUCGCCACUGGUAAUUUUUUGACCAAUUUUGCAGGGAUGGGAACACGACCCGGGCCCACCACAAACGGCUUAUCGCAAGAUGGGGCCAAACUGUUGCUGCCCAAAGAGAGGCUGGAAAUAUUUAAUGCUAUAAUUGGAGCAGCGAUCGAUUGAGCAAGGCAGACCGAGCAAGAGCCGGUGAUGGUGGGAACGGCGGUGAACGUAGACAAAAAUGACGGUAAUCUCAACAUACCUGAAGCGGAGGCAAGCGAACUGGCAGCAACCAUUGCUGAACUGGAAACAGCGCUGGAAACAGAAGGAGGAGGAGGAGGAGGAGGAGCCACUUUGGAAACUGGAGCGGCGUGGCUCUCUACACAAAGCGUACGACAAAAGUCGGUAGGGAAUGAAGCGCGUGGGCCACCGCGACCGCGAUCUGGUUUGAAAGCGAAUUCGAUGCUCCCGAUGAAGUUGUUGUGAUUGCCACUGAAUCCGCUGAUGAUGGAAGAAUCGAGGUAGAAACAAUUGGCAACAAGUCUGCCGACAAAGUAUUGAACGUAGAUCGCGGAGUUGUCAUACUGCAAACUUGGAAAUAACCAGAAACGAAUAGGCCAACCCACGAGUACCGCGCAAUAAUGCAAUGCGACGAAAAAACACUAGUGAUCUUCAAACUGAACGAGACGCCCUAUGAAGUCCGAGACAAAACACUAAAAGUGAGCAACACUGCGCAAGAUGCCCGAAACGCUACGCACUGAAAAACUAUGAGCACAUGUAAACGCGCACGCAUAAAUUGCAACAGUAAACUGCUGACCAAGGGGGCAUUUGAAAUUGUCCGCAACAGGCCUAGGACAGUAACACAAACCCUGCCAAAAACGCCAGAGCACGCCAACGAAACGCUAACAAACGCCAACGCUAAGCUAAUGCCCAGCCAACUACUGAGCAGCUAGAUCCUCCUCGUUAACUAAGUCAAUAAGUAUAUUUACUUUCAUUCCACCUACAUUAGAACCCUAGCAAAAAGUUUGCCCUAAUAGUUUGAAUACUUGCUAGUUAAUCUGAAGAAUUUAUGUGUAAGCAGCUGUUUUUAUAGUAAUGUAAAAUUAUUUUAAAUUUGUUGAUUCCUUCUCCAAUCCUUUUUUCAAACUGGACGAAUGGACCACCUAAAUUAUUUUUUUAGUGUAGCACACCUCAGUUAUUUGUUCUUUUCUACUCUUUAUAGUUCCUUGAAACAACUUUUAAUCAUCUCUACAUUGUACAAAAAAAAUGUAUAUCAAUAUUUAAUAAAAGCCAUAUCCCUAUUAGACAUAGCCUGUUCCAGGCGUUGGGAUAGUGGAUUGUGGUGCGAAGUCAGAGAACGGGAAAAAAUAAGGAAGAGAUGGAGAAAGGAGGGACUCACCCGCUACUCCACCCCCUCACUGUUUUUUUCUGCUCACAUCUCUUUGCACCGUCCUCACGAUUCAAACAUCUCCCCCCAUCGGUGGGGGCUCUCUUAUUUAGCAAAAACCGGGGUAUGUCAAUUGGUGCCUAAUGAACAGGAUACGGUUUACUCUGUUUACAUCGUUCUUGAGUCUUUUUUCUCUCUUUAGAGUCUUGACCAAGAUCUUUUUUUUGGACCAGCAGCAUCUUGACUGUCUAUUAUGAACUGACUAUAAUGUCUUACAGUAUGCUUGAAGAAACUAUGAUAAUAUUAUCAGGAUGGGCCCCUGCUAUUAUACAAUCAUCACAAUUUAUCAAUCAAAAUUCAAUGUGUAUUUUGAGAAGUUUGCCUUUUAAUAAUCUUUUUCUUAUCAGUUACGUAUCUCGGUAUGGUCUCUUGUAAGCAAGUCUGUCAGCUACAUCAAAUAUCCUAAACAUGCAAGUGCAGGUAAAUACCGUCCAAUGUAUGUACAUUUUACUUAAAAGUAUGUUGCCUAAGUUCUUCACUAAGUCUUGGAGUAGCCUGCAGUGCAGGCGUUUUCUUCGGGCGCGCGAAUGUUUUUGCUCGCGAAAGCACAAUGUUGAAACUCCAAAAGAGAAGAGGAAAUGGGGCGAGUCACGGGCACCUACCCUAAGGGUUGCUAUUUUCUACUCUCUCCAAUCUUCCUCUGUCAUAAAAUCAAAGGUGGCAGCUACAACAAUACAAACAUAAACAAGCAGCUUUCGCCCGCCCAAAAUACGCCUGCAUUGCAAUCUAGUUUUGAAGUAACUCUAUUAUAUUAAUUGUUUAUGGAAAAGAGCGAGAAAAUGCAUUAAUUAGGUGAAUUUUGAUCUCUCUCUGUAAUAUACCCCCACCCCUUGUUUAAGAGGCAAAGAUUUUAAAGUAAGGAAGUUAGUUUUAGAACGAUCAUCAAUACAUGUACAUUUCCCAUUCUUUUGGGGCAAUUCAUCAGAUGACCUUAUGGACCCAUUCUGUGCACCCACUGCCACAAAACAAAAAUCGGUUUGUCAGUUAUAAUGUUUAGGCAGGUUUUACAAAACACGUGACGAAGAUAAUAAAUUAUACUACAUAAUAAUCUUUUCAAUAUUAUUAAUCUUUUUUAUGCCUUAUUGUUUCUUACUAGGCCUCGAUUUCAGUAAAGAUGGAAAAUACAUGGCAUUAGCGGAAAGAAGAAACUGCAAAGAUUGCCUUAGCAUUUUUCAUUGUUCCUCUUGGCAACUAGUAAAGGUACAUGCAUUGUAAUUAUGUACAGUAGUUGUACAGCAAAACUGCAUCAAGGUUUUUUUGAAUGUUCACAUUUAUCUGAUAGACUUUAUUCUUUCAGUCCUAACUACAUGUAUCUAACAGUACUUUAAAGCCAAAUUAAAAUUUUUCAGAAAACUUUAAUUUUAAUUUUCUUCUUCUUGUAAGAUGAAAAUAAUAUAUAUUAUAGUAAUACAUUGUAGGUUAUAUUAGAAUGGUAACACCAAAGGAUUUCAUCCACUAGUUCCAAAAUUAGUUUUUGGCAUUUUAAAAAUAACAAAUUGACCACAUUUUUCAUGGCCUUUACUCUUAUUUACCAAAAAUAUGAUUUAAAAAAAUGUUCAAAACUCACUGUGUAAAGUUUUAGACAUUCACGUCUGCAGACUGCAUCCCUGUUGCUAAGGAUGUCUGAUAGUCUAAUGUUUUAUGUUCUUGUUUAAGGCAAGUUCAGUGCAAGGCACAAGAGACACCAAAAGUCGUGUUUCUAUUAAAUUGUACGUUUUAAUGUGUCUUUCAGCACUUUGAAGUGGACACAAAAGAUCUUGCAGAUUUAGCUUGGUCACCUGACGGAAGAGUUUUGUGUUUGUGGGAGUCCCUGCUGAGAGUAAGUUUGAGCAGGCAUAGUCAAUACUGUAGUAAUACAUUUACAGAAUUUCGUUUAGAAUAUUUAAUGGAUUUUGAUUACAUGUACAUCAUUCCUAAACAAAAAUAAUAAUAAUUAAUUUUAAAAAGGAGGAGGAUGAACCUACAAUUUAUUUACAUGUACAUGUAACAUGCUGCGUGAUCAGCAUAGAGAAAAAUUACCCCAUUUUUUUUUUUUUUUUUGCUCUGACAGUAGAGCCUAUUUGCUUCGGAAAUGCAGAGAUCGACGCUUCAGUUUUUUUCAAAGGAGUUGGAAGGUCUUUCCAAAUAUCUGUAGCCGUGAACGGUGUUGAUUAUUGGCCUGGUAGUGUUUUUACAUUAACAGGUUCCUUCUCUCCAGUUUACUCUUCCUCAUUUGGACAAAGCAGAGUGCUUCAUGUAGUAUGGUUAUCUAAGAGGUCAGGUCUAAAAGUAAUCUUUCGAUCAAGCAUCGUUUUUGUAGGUUUUUACUGACUACUUUAGUUCACUAAACGCAUUCAAGCGAUAUCAACUCUAAAUAAUUAUCCAUUCAUGUAUAAUCUACAGUUCACAAAAGUACUUUGAUGAGGGCUAAAUAUUCUCAACACAUUAUUAGCUAGAGCUCCAGAUAAUGGCUCCUUUCAUUAUUUUCAAAGAUCAGUUUAACUGACCUUUGCAUUUUCUGACGUACUGGUUGGGUUUGCACAUUUAUAGGAUGAGUGUUUUAAUAAUGUUCUUUACGUUUCGAGGCAAGUUAAUUUCCUCAAGGGUAAGGAUCGUGUAUUCAGGGUGAGCCUUGUUCUUGGUCUGUUUUAUUAAGUGUCAGUUAAGGUAUGGCAUAGUCAUUGACUCUUUGCUCCAACAAUGGCUUUAAUCAUUUUUGUUGCAUUUUUUGUUUUACUGAAAGACUCCUUGCUCCAGUUUCACUCCAUUUAUGAUCUUGUAGUAGAAUGCGGUUGUCAAUGAAAACUUUUAGCUUGUUUUGUUCACAUUCAUAUCCAAAGAUUAUGUCCUCAAAUACUGGAAGUUCUGGUCUGUAGUAAACGCCCUUUUCCUUGAGUAACUGAAGGUUAAGAUACACGGCGAUCCGUGGAGGUGAACAAACGAACGGAUUUUUCAACGGCCCUCGAAAUGUCCUGAAUCGCUUUGGACUUAUUGCUGCAAUAGGGUAAUUAUCCUUUUGUAACUUUUCUACUAGCUUUUCAAUUCGCUUGAAGACAAGUUCAAAUGGUCGGCGCCUCUUCUCAUCAAUAUACGAUUUUGGUAUACUUUGAGGAU